AUGCGGGAGGAGGGAACACCCUAGGCCAAGGCCCCAAGACUCCUGGACUGGUCGUUCCCUCAGCACCCACCUCCGAACACGGACUUCUGGUCACUCCUCAGGGACUGUCGAGCUUGGAGUGUCCUUAGCUGUUCUUCCAGUUGGACACAUGGGAAUGCCAAGGCCCCUCAGAGAGACAGGACUGGAGUCAGCCCUCCUUACCCCAUCUCGGAACUGAGUUCCCCUCUCUCUUCCUCUGUGGCCAGGUCUUACAAGGGAUCUCUGAAGCAGGAUGGGUCUGGCUGGAUCCCUCUGCCUCCACCUGGCCUGGACUUGCAGGCCAUUGAGCUGGCCACUAAAAGAAACCAUUACUGCCACGCCCAGAAGGGUCUUGACAGUCACUGUGACCCCAAGAAGGAGCGAGCCAGGCGCCAGCUCUGUGUGGCUUCUGCCAUCUGCCUGGUGUUCAUGAUUGGGGAAGUCAUUGGUGGGUACCUAGCACAUAGCUUGGCGGUCAUGACAGACGCAGCCCACCUGCUCACUGACUUUGCCAGCAUGCUCAUCAGCCUCUUCUCCCUCUGGAUGUCUUCCCGGGCGCCCACCAAGACCAUGAACUUCGGCUGGCAGCGAGCUGAGAUCCUGGGAGCCCUGCUUUCUGUGCUGUCCAUCUGGGUCGUGACUGGGAUACUGGUGUACCUGGCGGUGGAGCGGCUGAUCUCUGGGGACUAUGAGAUUGAGGGGGGAACCAUGCUGAUCACGUCAGGCUGUGCUGUGGCCGUGAACAUCAUAAUGGGGUUGACUCUUCACCAGUCUGGCCAUGGGCACAGCCAUGACACCAGCCAGCAGCAGGAGAACCUCAGUGUCCGAGCUGCCUUUAUCCAUGUGAUUGGAGAUUUUCUACAGAGCUUGGGCAUCUUGGUGGCAGCCUAUAUUGUAUACUUCAAGCCAGAGUACAAGUGUGUAGACCCCAUCUGCACCUUCCUCUUCUCCAUCCUGGUCCUGGGGACAACCAUGACCGUCCUGAGAGAUGUGAUCCUGGUGCUGAUGGAAGGGACCCCCAAGGGCGUGGACUUCACGGCUGUGCGGGAUCUGCUGCUGUCUGUGGAGGGGGUGGAAGCCUUGCACAGCCUGCAUAUCUGGGCGCUGACCAUGGCCCAGCCCGUGCUGUCUGUCCACAUUGCCAUCGCUCAGAAUGCAGACGCCCAGGCUGUGCUGCUGGCGGCCAGUGCCUGCUUGCAGGGGAAGUUCCACUUCCACACCAUGACCAUCCAGAUCGAGAACUACUCUGAGGACAUGAAGGACUGUCAGGCAUGCCAAUGCCUGUCGGACUGACUGCCUGGCCAGGUGCCAACUGGGGCGUGGACAGGACCUGCAGAUGGCGGGGCUGAGUGUCCCCCAGGCCCAGCCAAGACUCUGCCUACCCCGGCUGUAAACCGGGGUCCCUCUCCUGACCUCUGCUCCAUGUUCACUGUGGAGGAGCCUUGCCCCACUCCAAGGAUGGGGCUCUUCCCCUGCAUCCCCCAUCUGACUACAGCCAGCCUCAGGAUGGGGACUCGGCAGGUGCAAAGCUAGUGUG